AUGGUGUGCGGCGCAAGCGGGACAGGCCGGACCACGUUUGUCAACACCCUCUGCGGAAGGAGAGUUCUUCAGCCCAAAGAUGCCGACGAUGCAGCCAAUGCCCAUCUCGAAGAAGGAGUUAGGAUCAAGCCCGUGACGGUUGAGCUUGAAUUGGAUGAGGAGGGCACACGUGUCUCGUUGACGAUUGUGGACACUCCCGGCUUCGGCGACCAGAUCGAUAAUGAAGCAUCCUUCGGCGAGAUCGUUGGCUACCUCGAGAGACAGUAUGACGACAUCCUGGCUGAAGAGUCGCGCAUCAAGCGAAACCCUCGAUUCCGUGACAACCGCGUGCAUGUAUUGCUUUAUUUCAUCACUCCAACCGGGCAUGGUCUGCGUGAGCUCGACAUCGAAUUGAUGAGACGCCUCUCUCCCCGGGCCAAUGUCAUUCCUGUCAUUGGCAAAGCCGAUUCCCUGACCCCAGCUGAAUUGGCCGAGUCGAAGAAAUUGGUCAUGGAAGAUAUUGAACAUUAUAGGAUCCCCGUCUACAAUUUCCCUUACGAUAUUGAGGAGGACGAUGAGGAUACUGUCGAGGAGAAUGCCGAACUACGUGGCUUGAUGCCGUUUGCCAUUGUUGGAUCAGAAGAUGUGCUUGAGAUUGGCGGUCGACGCGUCCGGGCACGACAAUAUCCGUGGGGUAUUGUGGAAGUGGACAACCCCCGCCACUCGGACUUCCUGGCCAUUCGCAGCGCCCUCUUGCAUUCACACCUUGCUGAUCUCAAGGAAAUCACACAUGACUUCCUGUACGAAAACUACCGCACGGAGAAACUGAGCAAGAGCGUGGAUGGAGGCCUCUCAGGGCAAGACUCGUCGAUGAACCCGGAAGACCUAGCCAACCAGUCGGUGCGCCUGAAAGAAGAGCAGCUCCGGCGUGAAGAGGAGAAGCUGCGGGAGAUCGAAGUCAAGGUCCAGCGAGAGAUCAAUGAGAAGCGGCAGGAAUUGUUGGCACGGGAGAGCCAGCUACGUGAGAUUGAGGCCCGAAUGCAGCGUGAACAAAGCCAGGGAUUGGAGGACUUGAACGGCCAUGGCCAUCAAGAUGCAUAG